UUUUUUUUAAUUUAUUACAAUUUGUGAAUUAAAACCACAACACAAGAUACAUCUAGGGAAAGAAACGAAAGCUGGGGGGGGGGGGCGGGAAGAGAGGCUAGCAAACGCCCUCCUGCCCUAAUCUUCCCCUCCCACCUCUCCUCUGCUCCUUUGUCAGAAUCACAAAACCCUAAAGGUUGUUCCACUUGGGAAGGCAGCGGAUAGGUACAUUUCCGCAGCUCCGAAAUGCCACUUUUAUGGCGCUGUUUGUCUCCCUGCGCUGGAUUCUGAAUGGGGCUGAACAAAACAGCAGCGCGGAGCUGGCUAGACGUCUGGGCUUAAUUGUUUUAUGGUUUAAAUAAGGUGGACACUCUUUCCUUUGAAAUCGAAUUAUAGAAAUGUUUUGUCUAUGGCCCACGGAGAACAGGACCUCACUGGCUGGGAGGGAGAGGUGGGGAGAGCGCGCGCGUGAGGGGGGGCGGGUUGGGCUACAAACCAGGGGGCAAACAGUCGGGAGAAGGGAGAAGUCAGCGUCCCACCCCAAAGUCCUGCGGGCGGCAGCGGAGUAGGCGGUGCGGAACCAGCGGCAGGGUAAGAGGAUCGAGCAGUUUUGGGCGCGCGCCGCGGGCAGGAGGUCGCUGGAGCCUCGGAGCAUGCAUCUGCGUGAGCUGAGGUGUUCCGAGCCCAGAAAUGCGCCUGAAUAGGGGGGAGAUCGCGGCAGGUCCUUUGCGCAGCGUCUCUUAAUGCGGCAAGGGAGGGUGAAAGAAGAAAAUAGUGCGAAACCUUUGAGAAGGUUAUUUGGAGAGUUUGGAAAACAAAAGGACAGCGGUCCCGGGGGAACUCCCUUCCGGGGACCCCUCGCUCUCGCACCCAUUUGGAAACUCCUUCCUCUCACUUCCCACCUUUGGGCCAAGGCUGGGACCUGCCGGCUCUGUUGGCAUUUUCCGGCAGGACUGCAUUGGAGCAAGUGGACGCGAGGUGGCGCUGUUGCUCAAUGUUAGAGGCGGCGGCGGUGCCCCUGGCCGGCCUGGCCGCACUGACAUUUGAGGCACGGCGGAGGAGCGGCGGGGAGAAGGCCCCGCGUCCCGGCCCAGAGCGGCCCCGCUGGCUCUGAGCAAAUCAAUCCUCUCACCUGCGAGGUGUAAAUAAAUCGCGAGUGGCGGCGGGAGAUGGGCCCUCGCUCUGGCGGCAGGCUCGGGAGGCUCAGGAGGGCGGGCGUCGAAAAUAAUCGCUUUGCGAAGGAGAUAAGCACCAAGCAGGCAGCGCGUAAUUAACACAAAAAGGCAGAAUGACCCGGACAAACGAACAUAAAUCCGUGGUACCUAGGAGGGCGGAGUAGGCCUCGGGGCGAGGGGCAGAGACGCCCCAGCGAGGAUGGCUGCUUGUGGUUCCUUUAUUUCCAAGCUCCGGGAGCGAAAUCAACCAGAUACGUGUAAAAGAAAAAAAGACAAUCCAAUUGGGGGGGAGGAGAAAAAAAAAAAGAAAGAAAGAAAAGGUGAGGGACCCCCAAAAGGGGAAAUCGAGUCCAGCCAGGGUUUUUGGGACUGGUGGGCUCUCAGAGCAGACGGUGGUGGCGGCACACUCCGGACAGUCGCAUUCCAAGACACAAAGGCCUGGAAGAAUAGCUCUGUGGCAGGGUUUUCGCUGGACCAUAAAAUGUCGAGAUAUCCCCCCCCCCACCCUCUAAAAGAUAAGGCGCAGGCCCCAGAGAGGAUUUGGCCUGCCGAGCCUCCUCUUUCCAGGCAGGAAAGGGGAAAUAUUUAUGACAGUCCCCAGUGACCCAGAUGCUGGGAACCCAGAGCCCAUCUCCUUCAGCUUGGUACUCUGAGCAGAGGAGGCUCAGAGAAGGCAGGGCUGAAACCAAGGCUGGAGCUUGCUCUAGCAGUGGAGGAGACCCCUGUCAUGUCCCCAACUGUCCUGGACCCUAGGGAGACCUGCGGUGCUGGCACAGCCCUCCUCUGAUCCCCCCCUCCUGCUGCUCCAGGGCCAGAGUUCUGGACGUUGCAGAGUCUGGGCAGUCCUUAAUUCAGGUGGAGGUGGGUCCCUCCAUAUUCAAGGGAUCCUGGAAGUGUCUAUGGCUGGGGCACCAGUGACUCUUCUUUGGGAAUUUGGCUGAGAGUGGCCAUUUUCCCAGCAAUUAUUUAGAUAUUAGAGGGACUUGGGGGCUGGUGUUAUUCUACUCCAUCCUUUCCUGCAUUGCCAUUCCUUCAUCCAUCUCCAGAGCUGGGCUCCGGCUGGGGAAGAAAAAGAUCUGGUUUUCCAACAGCCUCCUUCCUCAUCCAAUCCUGAGACCCCAGGAUGUGGAAAGAAAAUAGGGAGCAAAUUUUUUCCUGAUGCAAACAGCUAGAGAUGCACGUGUAUUUGUCAGGCUUUGGUUCCCCGUGUGCCUGGGCGAACAGUGUCUGUGAGGUGACAGGGGUGCUUCCAGGCAUGCAUGAUAGUUGAGGGAGCAUGCGUUCGAUGCGUUUUGGGGUGGGAGGUGACAUAUCCAGUGUGUGUGUGUAUCCUGAGUGUGCUCCACUGUUGCCCUGUGUGCACCAACCUCACACACUGUGGAAGGGGAGGGCUGGAAAAAUCCUUCUAAUUCCUCUUCCUAAUUCGUAUGCACACACCACACGUAUUCACAGCUCUCUCACUUUCUCUCUUUUCUCUCUGUCUGUGUUAAGCCCCACAUAACUGUACACGCUUAUGGUAUGAGAAGGGUGCUGAUGGACUAAGGUUCUUUUAUCCAUUGAAUUACCUUGAAUUUACCUAGUCUUGGGGAUGGGGGAGGAACCCCCUAGAGAAACUAUGGGUAAAUAUUUAAAGAGUGUCUGUUGACAGUUCCCAUCCACAUCCUGGCCUGGGCAGCCUGCCUGGGGAAGUAAGGGGUGUAGUGAGGCCAGGGGGCCCCUCCAGGUUGAGCUGGUAUGUCCUAUAGGGCUAGAGUGUGUGGGGACAAGUAAGAGGCCUGCUCCGGUCCCAUCCAACCCAGAUACAAAUAGUCUCCUGAGAAGAAACAUCUUGGAUCAGCCCAUCCAGAAGUCAGAGACCCGCCAGCUGCCCUGUCCUCUGUCCCCAUAAACUGCUUUGCUCUCAGAGUCCCCAGCCAAGCUUCAGGCAGGAGCUGGUGUCUGAAGGGGCCAGUGCAGCCCUGCCUGGGUCUAUACAGUGUGUCCCACCUCCAGCCUCUCCUCUACCCACAGCAGCCAGGCAAAGGAUCUUAGGGAUAGGGGAAGAUGGAGCAGCUUCCCACCCUGAGGAGGGACCUGAGACAUGGAGGGUUGGGGUUCCUGAAGUACUGGGGGAUAUGCUGUACUGAUGUGCUUGCCCUUUCUGAGUCCCAGGCUUACGGACCCCCUGGGGAACCCAUCUUUUGGGUUAGGGGACCUGCUCUCUCACGCUGGCAUUCAACACCCCCCGAGGGGGAGGGUCUUAUACCUGUUGAGGUAAUCUGGGUUGACCUGCUGGCUCAGGUAUCUCUGUCUGAGAGGAAGGAAAGGGGAAGCGGGGGGGGGGGGGGGGGGGGGGAGAGGCACCUUCAAAUCGGAAUGCGCACCUUGGAGAAGCUGGCCCCAGCCAUUAGCUGGGGCUGGCCCACCCCCCACCACACACACAUAUACCACACCCCCUCCCUCCUCCUCCCUCCCCUCCCCUUCCUCCAGGUCCCCCCAGCCCUGAACCCCUCAACCCCCCGCCAUCCUUCCUUCUCUCUCUCUCUCUCCCUCUCUCCAUCUCUCUCUCUCUCUCUCUCUCUCUCUCUCUCUCUCUCUCUCUCUCGCCUGUCUUCAUGUCGUGGAUUGAUGAACGCGAAUCGCGUGUAAGCGCCGCCACCGCCGGGAGUCUGAGGAAUUCGCCUGGGCUGUUAAAGGAAAGAGCUAAGUGCGAGAGCGCGAGCUCUACCUACCGACAGUGAAGAGAGCCGCCGCCGCCGCCGCCGCCCGCGCCCGCCGCCACCACCCGCCCGCGCCCAGCCCCGGGAGCCGCGCCGAGCCGGCCGGGCCCGGCACCCAGGCGCCCCCCCACCUGCCCAGCCCAGCCCCGGGGAGCCGGCCGGCCCGGGGUUCGCUCCCGGGGGAGGGGACUUUCGGGGGUACCGGGCGGGGGAGUCUCGAGCCAGAGGGGAGGGGGCGGCGGGUUUUCAUGUGCCCAGCAUGAGCUCCUACUUCGUCAACCCCCUGUUCUCCAAAUACAAAGGCGGCGAGUCCCUGGAACCGGCCUAUUACGACUGCCGGUUCCCCCAGAGCGUGGGCCGGAGCCAUGCGCUGGUGUACGGGCCCGGCGGCUCGGCGCCUGGCUUCCAGCACGCCUCGCACCACGUCCAAGACUUCUUCCACCACGGCACCUCGGGCAUCUCCAACUCGGGCUACCAGCAGAACCCGUGCUCGCUGAGCUGCCACGGAGACGCCUCCAAAUUCUAUGGCUACGAGGCGCUCCCCAGACAGUCCCUUUAUGGGGCUCAGCAAGAGGCGAGCGUGGUGCAAUAUCCCGACUGUAAAUCCUCCGCCAACACUAACAGUAGCGAAGGACAAGGCCACUUAAAUCAAAACUCGUCUCCCAGCCUCAUGUUUCCAUGGAUGAGACCCCACGCUCCGGGGCGGCGCAGCGGAAGGCAAACUUACAGCCGGUAUCAGACCUUGGAACUAGAAAAGGAGUUUCUCUUUAAUCCUUAUUUGACACGAAAGCGCCGGAUUGAAGUCUCUCACGCCCUGGGACUGACUGAGAGACAAGUGAAGAUCUGGUUCCAGAACCGAAGGAUGAAGUGGAAAAAGGAGAACAACAAGGAUAAACUGCCCGGAGCCCGAGAUGAAGAGAAGGUGGAGGAAGAAGGAAACGAGGAAGAGGAGAAAGAAGAGGAGGAAAAGGAAGAAAACAAGGACUAAGCAAAAAAGAAAGCCCCCCCCUUCCUUAGCAACUCCCUUGAAGUUUCGUUUUAUGGUAGCGGAUAAAUUGAGAAGUUUACGACUGUCAUUUGCUUUUAUAGAGAAUAGAAUGACACUCACAACUCUAACUACCUGUCAGAUACUUGCAGCUCUGGUUUUAUUACCUUUGGACUUCCCCCGAUCUUUAUUUGUUUGGGGGCUGGAGUGGGGGAGACUGAGACACAGCGAAAAGUUCGGACUCUGUCUCAGUCCUUGCCCCAACACACACACUUGUCCCUACCCCCACCCUUUGGAGUCCUGCCUGGAUUUUAAGGUCUGAGACCUGGCCUCUUCGCCCCUCUCUCACCCCUUCAUGCCACACUCCCACCUCCCUGCUUCUCUGGUAUUUAUUUUAGAGGGGAGCCCUCUCAAAAUGCGGAAGAAGACUUCUGGCUUUGCUUUUAUGCUAGGAUUAGUGUAUUAGAUUUACUUCCUUUCAAAAGAAAGGAAAGAAAAGUUAAGGAAGGAAGGAAGGAAGGAAGGAAGGGAAGGAAAAUGUUUAAAGAAAUUUUUUAAAUGAUAGCAAGGACUAUCCCUUCUCCCUCUCUGGGGCUCCCCUACUUAGAAAGACUCCCUUGACUUUCUGUAGAAACCUGAUGGAAACCUGAAGGAGAUGCGGGUCUCUCCCCUCCCCCCCUCCUCAUGGGGUAGAUAGGAGCCUGCAAUCCUGGCUAAAAUCCUACCUAGCCAUCCCAUGGUCACUCGGGCCCUUGCCUUCCUCCCCUUCGCUGUCUGAUUUCUGUUGUUGGGCCCAGCUUCCUCUGAGCUACACUAGUAUUAGCGCUCAGAAAUCACCAUAAUCAUGAAAAUAAUAAGAAUGAUAAUAAUAAUAAUAAUAAUAUUACUGAUAAUAAAUCUUUAACAUACUACCUAAAGGGAACCUGCAAUAAUCUUGAAAAAAUAAAAAAGAAAUUUAAAAAAAUCCUAAUAUGCAAGAAAAAAAAGAGAAAAAGGUGAAAAUUAAAAAAAAAGAAAGAAACCUCCAACGUAUUUUAUCACUACCUAUAGAAAGAAAUCCUGCUUUGAGAGUACUCGUAAUGCGGUUUUGUUGUCGUUUGUUGCUGCUUAUUUCACUAAGAAAAA